AUGGAGGAAGGACACAAUAAUUCUACACAGAUUGUAGAUAUUGAUCAUGUCUACUACACAUCUAAAAUCUACGGUCCUGGGGACCCAGCUGGUAAAGAGCUGUGGGUGAACAUUGACGACAUGGAGGAGGACGAGUGGAAGGUGCACGGCUUUCUGUCCAACACUCACAGACAAGCAGAGAGAGUGAAUCUUUCCUUUGACUUUCCUUUCUAUGGCCAUUUACUCAAAGAAAUCACAGUUGCAACUGGAGGUUUCAUUUACACUGGAGAUAUAAUCCAUCGAAUGCUCACAGCGACUCAGUAUAUCGCUCCGCUGAUGGCGAAUUUUGACCCCAGCAUGUCCAAAAACUCUACUGUGUUUUACUGUGAUAAUGGCACUGCACUGGUGGUUCAGUGGGACCACGUUCAUCUCCAGGACAACAUCAGUCUGGGAACGUUCACAUUUCAGGCAGUUCUGCACAGCGACGGACGGAUCGUGUUUGCCUACAGAGAGAUUCCCAUCAACAUCAGCAACAUCAGCUCUGAGAAUCAUCCUGUCAAAGUGGGCCUGUCAGAUGCUUUUGUGGUGCUUCAUGACAUAGAGCAGAUUCCCAAUGUUCGCCGAAGAACCAUCUAUGAGUAUCACAAAGUUGACAUCGUCAAGUGGAAAAUCUCCAAUUCUACAGCUGUGGAGAUGCUUCCUCUCCCUACAUGUCUGCAGUUCUCCAGCUGUGGCCCAUGUGUCACGUCUCAGAUUGGCUUUAACUGCAGUUGGUGCAGUAGGCUACAAAGAUGUUCCAGUGGCUUUGAUCGUAACCGGCAGGACUGGGUUGAUCUUGGCUGCCCAGAGGAGAGACGGGAUUUUCGAUGUCUGCGGACACUUGAAGUCACAAACAACACAUCGCAGCACCCGACACACACAACCACUCCUGGUACAGUGACCUCAGAGCAGCAGAGGACCUCUGGCAUGACCUCCACGCCCCUCAGCAAAGCGACCGCUGUCACCAACCCCCUGACACAUAGCAGCAACAGCAGAAAAACAAUAUUGAGCCCCCAGCCUCCAACCAGCAAAUCUACAAAUGAUGACAACACAAUCUCUUUGCACAUCAAUGAAGCACCAGCAGACAAGGAUGCAGGGGAGCGUGAUGAGGGGCUGCAGACUGGUCUUCUGGCAGGCAUUGUUGUGGUGAUGGUCGUCAUGGCAGCAGCUAUCCUUAUGUCCAUCUACAUGUACAACUACCCCACCUCCAGCGCCAGUCUUUUCUUCAUAGAGCGACGCCCAACCCGCUGGCCAAUCAUGAAGUUCAGACGGGGCUCCGGUCGGCCUUCAUACACUGAGGUGGAGGCUCCUGGUCAGGACAAAGAAGGCUCGGUGGUCAUCGACCCAAAACAGUCUUUUGUCAUCUCUGACAGAAGAGAGAGCGAACAGAAGGAAGGAUUCAUAGUUCCUGAUCAGAGGGAGCGUUUCCUCGUCUCAGACAGCUCCUGA